AUGUCCUGCUCGCCCCCUUCUCCUUCUGAGCCUCGACAUGGAUCAGAAGAUGACAAGGCGACCGCGUCCCGGUAUCUGAUCAAACGGCCCAAGGCGCUGCAGUGGUUCCACAACGGCACCCUCGAACGGGAAUCCGAAGAGGAGCGCCAGGCCGGGCGUUUCGAGCUGUUCCUCGACCUGCUGUACGUCGCGCUGGUGGCUAACUUCGCCGAGGACCUGGCCGAGCAUCCGUCCGGCGCCGGGCUGGUCAAGUACCUGCUGAUCUUCGCGCCGGCCUGGCACAUCUGGAGCGACCUGCGCGAGAUCAUGAACUCGUACUACAACGACGACCUGGUCCAGCGUGGCGUCAUCCUCUGGGUCAUGGCCCUGAUGGUGCUGUACGGCAACAACGCCCGCCUCGUGGCCGACGACAUCGGCGCCAUGAGGACCGUGGUGGGCGCCUUUAUAACGGCACGCUUCACCGUCGCGUGCGUCUAUGUGGUUUCCUCGUUCGCCAGCUUCCAGCACCGCACCCAGGCCCGAGUUAUGGCCGGCUUCAUCGUGGUGGGCCUCCUCAUCUGGAUCCCUCUGUUCUUUGAGAACGUCAGUCUGCGGGCCAAGAUCGCCGUCGCCGUCGUGGGCAUCGUCUACCAGGAAGUCACCUGGGUCAUCACGUUCGGCACGUGGAUCAAGCGACGGCUAAAACUCGAGUACAGCACCGCCGUGGACAUCAGCCACGAGAUCGACCGGCUCGCGGCCUUCUACAUCAUCGUCCUGGGCGAGUACCUGUACAGCAUCGUGGUCGGCGACCCCGCCGCGAUCGGCCUGAAUAUGGGUCUGCUGAAAGCGGUGUGGACGCUGAUCAUCGCCUUCUGCCUCAACUGGCUGUACGUCAAUGGGGACGGGAGUUUGGACAGCGUGCACCCGAUCCGGCGGUCCGUCACGACCGCGUUUGCGUUUUUCAGCCUGCACAUGCCGCUGGCCGCGUCGCUGUUGGUUGGCGGGCACAUCUGCGCGGUCAGCGCGGGCCAGGAGGAGCUCGAUUCCGGCGAGCGCUGGCUGAUGGGCGGCGGCCUGGGUGUGGGCAUGCUCUGCCUGUGGAUCCUGGCGAUGCUGUUCCGCGUCCAGGACUCGUGCGAGCUGAUCAUGCCCAAGACGCCCCGGGUCGGAAUGCGGCUAGUCGUCGCCGUCAUCCUGGUGCUCCUGCCCCUGGUCGACGAGGAGCACUUUGACGCCGUGCAGCUGCUGAGCACGGCCAUGGGCCUGAUCGUCUUCGUCACCGUCUGGGAGACGGUGGGCGGGCUGAGGAAGGGGUCGAAGGUGUACGAGAAGUGGGAGGCGAGGAAUCGUCCGCGCGUGUGA